AUGCGCUUCUCGGAAGCGCCGCGGCCGGAGGAGGUCCGGCCACUUCCGGUGCUGCGGGAGGCCUUCAAGAAGACCCGCGAGAAGUGGACCAAAGACCAGGACUGGAGCUACGUCGGGGAGAUGUUGCGGAGUAUUCGACAAGACUUGACCAUCCAGAUGUUGCGGGAUAUCUUCGUGGUCGAGGUCCAUGAGUACUGGGCGCAGCUGGCAUUGGAGGUCGGAGACUUCAAGCAGUUCGACCAAGCAGCCGUGCAACUCCAGGCCUAUUACGCCGACCCCACGCUGGAGAAAGGCGCUACCAAGCUAAAUGAAGUCCUUGCGUGGCGGCUGCUGUACUUGACCGUGGAGGGCGAAGGCAUCGCCACCACCGAGUUUCUGCGUCGCAACGCCCAGCGACUCGACUUCAGCGUCCCCGUGGUGAAGCUCGCCUGGAGGCUGCGCAGAGCAAUCUCCCAGAGAUGCCACACAAAGGCUAUGCACAUGCUGGCCCCCCCAAAGACGGAGGGACAGACAGGAGAGGAUGAUGUGCCCCCCGUACUGCCCGAGAGUUUGCGGGCCGAGUUGCUGCGAAGGGUCAAGCUGGCACAGCUCAUGGAGGUUUGCAAGGCGGUGAGGGAAAACAUGUCCCGCUCGCGCCUGGAAAGCCUUGGGCUUUUGGAGGAUGAGUCGGAUCCGACUAUCCAGAUGCCGAUUGUCUAUCAGAAGGACGAUUUGGUGGACACCAAGGCCACUUACGAGGAGGCGAAGAAGCAGCUGGAGCCCACGCUGCUGCGGGAGAAUGGCGUAGGACAAGUGCGGAUCUUCCGCCGCCUGGGGCGACAAAGAGCUGAUCACCUCAACAGCUUCAUGCGCAACCCCGGGAAAGUUGUCGUCAAGGAGGAGCCUCAAGAGCCGAAGCCAGGUACGACGCCCACGGAUGGUGGACUAACCCAGGGAGCCUUUGCGGAGCUCUGGGCGCACAUCUUUCGGCAGCUCAGGGCCCUGGCAUCCGAUGCCAGGCCAGAGGUGCGGAAUUGCGCGGUGAAGAGCUUGGCCACGGCGCUGCUCUCCCACGGCCGAAAGGUGGGCCCUGCCUGCUACCAGCGCUGCCUCUCCGAUAUUCUCAUGAAGAUCGCGGAGAUGUCUGCGGCGCGGAAGCAGGGCAGGCCAGCACAUGAGGCUCCCCUGAUUGUCCACCACAGUCGGGACACGCCGGAGAAGCAAUGGGACGAAACUUUGGCCCUGGCCUACGACGGUGUCCGCCGCGUGCUGAGCCACUUCUCAGAGGAGGCCGGCUUGGACGCCUUCGCGCCGCUGGCCUACGCCCUGCUGCUACAGGUGCAGGAGACUCUGGAGACCCUGAGCCCUGAGACUGCGGCCUCUGCCUUGCGGGCCUUGGUGGACCUCAUGAGGAUUCCAUCCUCUGGCGAAGCAUUUCAGGUGCGGAGCUUGACCAGCGACCCGCGCCUGCCGUUGCAAGGCGAGUGGACCUCAGUGCGAGCCUUGAGCUGGAGUUUGCUGUGGCACACUCUGAACUUUUGCCUCUCCCAUGAGCUCUCUGAGACAUUUGUUGAGACGCUUACGUCCUCCUUGGGCGCCUUGAGGUCUUCGCAGACUUGUUCGCCUGUCGAGAACCUGAUCUUACUUCAAUUCUCUUUGGUGCUUGCCACAGCGCCGUCUUGGUACCUGGCGUCUGCACCCUGGCAGGCGGAUGACACAGCCCUUGGGGGUGAGCCAUCAAGUGUUGGCGGGUUGUUGAAGGAGGCGCUUGCGGAGGUGCCUGCGCAAAGCGAUGAACGCGUGCACGAGUUCAUUGAGGCGAGCCCGGCGGUGCUUUGGGAUUUGUCUAGGCGCACCGAAGGUGAGCCUUUGGUCUACUCCAAGGCGCCUGCGCCGGUGGCCAACUUGGUGACGCCCAACGCCUCCAAGAGUGAGCUCUGGAGCACGGCUGCGCUGCGAGAAAGGCCCUCUGAGGAGCUUAUGCAGAGCUUUCUGAGCGCCCACACACCCACGCACCGCACCAUGCUGAACAUCUCAUCGGCGCGGCUUCAGCACGUGCAGGGCAUCGCUUUCGGCUUCCUCGAGGAGACGCAGAGUCUCGGCGUAGCUGUGGAGGCGGUGCUGCUAUGCCAGCUCUGCGCGGUGUUUCUGGACGGCCACCGCAUGGUGGACUCCAACAAGCGCCACGCCUACCAAAGAAACUGA